CAUGUAUGGGAUUUGAACCCCUCAUCCCUCCCGCCGGGGUACCCGCCGAUUCGCCAAGUAGCCGAGCGAAACGCAGAUAGAAAAACUUCAACAAUGUGAGCGUACAAACGAGCACAGAUGCCCAACAAGGCGCGGCCUCAUCAAGAGUGGUCUCCUCAAUCCCCCAUAGAUGUUUUGUGGAUGUCCCGCUCUGCCAUGAGGCCGGCCGAGGGUGACGCGUCAGAUUGCAUUCUGGUGGUCGGCGUGUCCCGGCCGAAGGUGGCCGUCGCCUUCCUAUCGGUCGCUCUGCUUUCCCUCUUCCUCACCUUCCACAUACUAUAUGAUAGCGCCGUUUAUAGCCUGCACGCGGUCUCCGCCGUUGAAGGACGCACAGUCGAACUGGUCUCCCAGGUACGCGCGACGCCGCCUCUCCUCUUCUCCAACUCCAAAGUUCACUUUCCGCACACGUAUCGUCACCUGCCCCAGGCCAUUAUUAUCGGCGUGCGCAAAUGUGGCACCCGGGCGCUCCUGGAGAUGCUCUAUCUUCACCCGCAGAUACAGCGUGCCGCCGGUGAGGUUCACUUCUUCGAUCGCGACGACAACUACGGUAAGGGUCUCGAGUGGUACCGCCGCAAGAUGCCGUAUUCGUUCAAGGGCCAGAUCACGAUCGAGAAGAGCCCUAGUUACUUCAUCACGCCCGAGGUGCCCGAGAGAAUCCGCGCGAUGAACGGCAGCGUGAAGCUGCUGUUGAUCGUGCGGGAGCCGGUCACCCGAGCGAUAUCCGAUUAUACUCAGCUGCGCAUUCACGCGGCCACCGCGUCUACGUUAAUAACGAACGGCACGCCGCAGCAGCAGCAACAGCAGCAACAGCAACAGCAGCAGCAGCAACAACAACAGCAACAACAACAACAACAAGCGGCGCGUACCUUCGAGGAACUGGUGAUGCGACCCGACGGAACUAUCAACGAAUCCUACAGACCAGUCGCCAUCUCCCUCUAUCACACCUACAUGCACCGCUGGUUGGAGGUGUUCCCGCGGGAACAGAUCCUCAUCGUAAACGGCGAUCAGUUGAUCGAGGAUCCGGUGCCGCAGCUGCGUCGCAUCGAGAACUUUCUCGGGCUUGAGCCGCGGAUCGGCCGGCACAAUUUCUACUUCAACCACACGAAGGGUUUCUACUGCCUGAGAAACGAGACGUCGGAGAAGUGUCUGAAGGAGAGCAAGGGCAGGCGACAUCCGCGCGUCAGUCCGAUUGUCGUGACGAAGCUGAGGAAGUUCUUCAACGAGCACAAUCAACGCUUCUACGAACUCGUCGGCGAGGAUCUCGGCUGGCCGGAGGAAUAACCAUCGUGGAGACGUCCCGACCCGUUCGUCGUCGUCGGCGUGAGUCGCGCGUGCAUCGUUCAUAUAUCGUUUCGAUCGAAUCAAAUAUCGUUUCGUCGCUCGAAGACGAGGGCGAUACACCAGACGAGUAAUCGAAGAUGCGGAAUCGAGCUGACCGGUUACGUCAGUGAACACCAGACUUCUUUGGAAUCGCAUCGUUUUCGAUCGAACGACGUCUUCGACAUCUUCGAGGGACGCGCGAUUACGAGGAUAAGUAUAGUUUAUAAUUGAUCAUAUCGAUUGUUGUUCCUGUUUAUUUUCGAAUACGGUUGUUUGUUGUUGUCUUUCUCACGAUACCGAUAUAUACUGCCGAUGCACGCGGGACGAGCGUCUUAUUUAUUCACUUAUCAAAGCUGUGUACACAGAAAAAAAAACACACAAACACAAACACACACACACACACACACACAAGUACACAUACAGUUACAGAAACGCCGGCCAAAAUUAAAUAAAUUAGAGAGACGCAGAGACGCGAUUCGCGCGAGAAUGCGAAAGGCGGGGUAAAAAAUUCCGCCUCGCGGAUUCUACGCGGCACGAUAUGAUAUGCGGAUCACAUUGAUCCGUGCGACUUUACAUAUCAAUUUUACAUAUCGAUAGUUUACAUAUCAAUAGGUUAACUAGUUGGUAACGAGAAAAAGAUAAAAAAUAUUUUUAUAAUCCACAUUGGAAGUUGUUAUAUCGCUUAUGUCGUUAAGGAGAUUAAAACAAACAAAAAAAAAAAAAAAAAAAAAAAAAAA